AUGGGAGCACGGGCCGUUCGCCUGCAAAACCCAAUAUUGAUUGAUCAACGGCGCCUGCUUAAAGCUUCACGACCACCCAACCUCGGAGCUCGUAAACGAGCCCAGCCUUUGGCCAUGGCAACAACAUCGCGCAGUGUCUCCCCGGGAGCGGCACUCCUGAGGGCAUCGCGUCUCUUCUCUAUGCCACAACCUCUACCCACUCCUACCGACCAUUCGCAAGCUACCAAACAUAAAUCCAACACGGCGACGGCUCCAUACCCGACGCAUCUCUCCAUCACCACGCCCUAUACGUCGCGACUGGUGGGAGACUGGGGCUUCAAGCGGCCGCUGCCUCUGAAGACAACCCUCAAGACCACCAUACCACUUGUGCGCGUCAAGAAGGUCGACUCAAUUGAGCAAGUGACCGACUUCCAAUCUGCGUCGGACCACACCAUCACGCUAGAGAAAUUCCAGGAGAUGAAUCUUAGCAUGUCAGUACCAGUCCCUAAGAACUCAAGUGAAUCUGGGAAGGUACCACGGUCGGUUUUCGAGGAAGAUGGCGACGUCACCGCCAUACCGAAGAGCCAACUAGCAAAGACGGAAACUGUGCGAUGGAAGUUCCGCGGUCCUUGGCUGGCAGGCAUGACAGACGGCCAGUUUGACGAAUAUCUCAAGAAGACCGUGCGACCAAAACGGUCAGCAUUCCGCAAUUUUGUCAAGCAGCAUUACGCGGCCGAGCUCGAGACAGAACAGCGACAAAAGGCUGCCGAGGAACAACGAGAAGAGCCUGUCGCAGUGCGUGCCCAGGACAUCACCGACAAAGCCCUGACAAACUACCUGAGGGAGCUUCGACAGCAGGAUCGCGUGACCUUGUUUCGACUAGUGAGCCGCUUUCUGGAUCUGGCCCCCGUUUCCAACACAUCUCCGGCAGGCUUCUUGUACCAACUCGAGGAAUUGAAACCGGAGACAAGGUACGAGGUGAAGAAUGACGGCCCAUAUGCGGAAGCUGGGCCCCCAAUGACACACCCGUCGGCUGGUCUGUCGUAUCUGAGGACUCAGAGCUACAUGGACAACCACCCCGUCUAUGGACCGCAGGCAAGCCACGCUCCUGUCAAGGCGAGAGUCAUCUUACCAAAGAACGGUUCUGGGUCUUACUCGCCUAAACUCGGUGUGGCAGGUAUUGUAGCCAACACCCCCGAAGGAGAAAGCGCAUUCAACAUCAAGGGCCAUUCAGCAUCGAGGCGCCUGAUCCCUGGUGUCGACAAUUUUGAUCCUGAGGCAGAGGGUGGAACCAAGGAAUAUGUUGAGCCAAUGACAGCUGCAAUCGACCCCAGCGGAAAGAUCCAGUUGAAGUUGCAAGAUGCCGCCGAAAUAGCCGUGAAUGUCCAAAAAGAAAGGGUUGGGGAAGCUGACGCCUUUCAGAAGGCGGUGGAGGAAGUCUCUGCGCCGGCCAAGUCAUACUAUCAAACACAGUUUACGAAGACACGAACACCAUCAUCAGGUUCAGCUCGAAUUGGCAGCAGUAUAAGCUAUGGGUUGAGUGGCGGAGGACGCUCUCUGUAA